AUGCUGAGCCGUGGUGGAUUGCAGAUCUUCGUCAAGACCUUUACCGGCAGGACCAUCACCUUGAACGUUGAAGCUUCGGACAGUGUUGACAACGUCAAGGCGAAGAUCAAAGAUAAGGAGGGCAUCCCCGCCGAGCAGCAGCACCCAAUCUUCGCAGGCAAGCAGUUGGAAGAUGGCCGCACGUUCUACAACGUGAAGACCAACUCAACACUGCACUUGUGCGAUCGCCUUCGCGGCGGAGCUGAGCGUGACCCGCCGCGCUUCGGGAAUCUGCCGAGCAACACGCGCAACGAGACCUUUUGGCACGUACAUGCUGGCUCGGACGCGUCCGAGACGCAGUCCGUGCCACCCCGGUCGACAGAAGUAGCGGUGCCCGCCGGCUCGGUUACGCAGGAGGCGCAACAGCGCGCAAUGCACUUCCUGGAGAGGAUGCACGGCCCCCAUGUCGCGGAGCAAUCAGUUUGA